AUGGACACACAGGUGAAAAUUCUAGGGAGGUCGCUCCUCGUACCGUGUGUUCAUGACCUACUGAAGGAGAACCCGACCAUGGUCCCAAAGAGAUACGUCCGUGAUGAUCAAGAGCCUCCCAUGGACACUCGUUCCGGUUUGCCUAAAGUCCCUGUGAUCAACUUGGGGAGGUUGGUUUCGGAGGACCGUGCGAAGCUGGAGCUCAAGAAGCUGCACCAUACGUGCAAAUACUGGGGCUACUUUCAGCUGAUAAAUCAUGAAGUGAGCCUUAAGUUGAUAGAGAAAGUGAAGAAGGGGACCGAAGAGCAAUUCAACAUGCCAAUGGAAGAGAAGAAGAAGUUUUGGCAGAGAGACGGCGAAUCGGAUGGCUUCGGACAGGCCUUUGUGCUCUCGGAAGACCAAAAGCUUGAUUGGGCUGACAUCUUCUACAUGCUCACUCUCCCUGCUUCUCUCAGGAAGCAUCACUUGUUCCCCAAACUCCCUCUUCCCUUCAGAGACAAUCUGGAUGCCUACUCGAAGGAAAUGCAAACCCUAUCAAUAAAGCUCCUCUACCUCAUGGCGAAGGCCUUAGGAAUGGAGGCAAAGGACCUUGAAGAGAUGUUCGAAGGAGGGUUGCAAGGGAUGAGGAUGAACUAUUACCCGCCGUGUCCGCAACCUGAGCUCGUGAUAGGCCUCAACUCUCACUCUGACGGCGACGCCAUUACCAUCCUCCUCCAGGUCAACGAAAUGGAGGGCCUCCAGAUAAAGAAAGAUGAGAAGUGGGUUCCUGUGAAACCUCUCCCUGGUGUUUGCAUCAUCAAUGUUGGAGACAUUGUUGAGAUUAUAACGAAUGGGAUUUACCCGAGCAUCGAGCAUCGAGCGACAGUGAAUGCAGUGAAGGAGAGGAUCUCCACUGCAUCGUUCUUCAGUCCGAGAAUCGAUGCCGAGAUUGGUCGCACGCCAAGCCUCAUCACCCCGGAGACCCCAGCAAUGUUCCGGAGGAUAACAGUGGCAGAAUAUCUGAACGGCUAUCUAUCAAGGGAGCUCAACGGCAAAGCUUAUCUCGACGCCAUGAGGGUUCGGCACAACGAAGCCUAGAAGUGCCAAGUCGUAUCUAUUGAGCAAGAAGGUGAAAAUGGUGAUACGGAGAAUGGUGAUGAAACCUAAUUAUAUGAUAUGGGUUUGGUAUUUAGGGAGGUCCUUUUCGAGGAAGACAAUAACGACUUCAAAACUUCAAAACUUCUUGUGAUUCUCAUCUCUUGCUUGUCUGAACCGUCAAACAGUCUUCUAAAAUCCAUGGUAUUGACCUUCU